AUGAGUUUAAAUCUUAAUUUAUCAGAGGCUGAUACAACGAGGAAUAGCAUCACUGAGAAUACUCCUGCAAAUGAAGAUAUUUUCCGAACUAGACGAAGCAGUUAUAAUGGUAGCUCAGUAACGAGAGCAACUAAAAAUUUACAAAAAUUUAUUCAUGAGCACAACAGAUGGAAAGAUAAAGUUGAUGAGUUGAACACAAAGAAAACUAUUUUUAAAAUUAUUAAAAGAAGGUUAUCAGUCCAGAGCACUUCUUUCGAAAAUAGCCAAAAUUUUACUGUAAACAAGCAGACGCUUCGAUUGCCCAAGAGAUCGGGACUUCUAAACAGGCUCAAGCUUAAUACUUCCGUAAAAUUCCGUAAUAAAGACCAGAAAUAAAUUCGAUAAACUAAAAUACUGAAAGGAUUUGACCAAUCUGUUCCUCAAACAUUCAGUCAAAGACAAGUUCCAUAGAGCAGCCAUAAAGAUCCAGAAGGCAUGGAGAGGAAGAAAGAGUCGUAUCUUCAUCCAAUGCAUAGCACGGGUGCAACACAAAGCAGCUACUACUAUCCAAGACUGAUGGAGGAAGUACUGGUCCUAUAAAAUGCAGGUUAAAAAAUGGGAAGGCACUGAUGAGCCCAAGUAACAACAUGUUAUAAUCUUUAGUCAUACUGUUACAAAAAUGCCGAAGAGAACCUUCAGUCAUAUCCAUAUUUUCUCCCAUUUCAGUAAGCUAAUAUUCAAGAUGAAGGAGAAGAAGGAGGCCUCUUUGGUCAUGGUUCAGAAGUACAUGAGAGGGCUUGCUGAAUACAAGAAGCAUGAAAAAUACAGAGCACAAGGCAAACUCAGUAAUUUUAAAUUAAUGAUUAUUAGAAAGCAUUUCCAAGAAUUUGAACUGGCUCAAAUAAAUAUGAAAUUCGGAAGAAUAAAAAAUUUAGAAUGGACAGACUUAACCAAAUCUUUGAUGAAAAGAAUUUGAUGAGGUGACACCAGCGGAACCAGACUUCCAUGAAAGAGGAGAAAAGUUGUCCUGAGGCUUAUAAGCAGCUAUAUUUCCGCAUGAAUCCAAAGAACAGUUUCCAUUUAAUACCUCUAGACGACGAUUUGACGUCCAUUAAGCCUCCCAGAAGCCCACUAAGGAGAGCUAUGCAUUGGAAGUUCUCAAUAACUUCAGGCACAAAAAUUGAGGAGAGAAGUAUAUCUAACCUGAGCGAUGUUUAUUCAGAUUCCUCUGAAGAUUUCUUCAAGUCAUCAAACACCUCUGGAAUAAAUUUGCUUGAAAUCAAACCCACAAGUCUUUGAAAGAAGCAAAAUAGCACACAGAAUUAACUCAAACUCGAAUUAGUCGCUAUUGCUUAGAUAUUUCAGUAGCAUAAUAAUCGCCCUUUAGCUCAAAAUUACCUCA